AUGAAGCUUUCCGUAGCAAAGUUGGCCGUAGGAUUACUCCUGACAACCUCUGUCUUCGGAUUGGAAAUCACCAGUGAUACCAUAGAGUAUGGUCCACUCGCUGUCCAAAUUGGAGCGCUUCAUGUUCAUCCCAACGUCUACUUUUCUAUCGUUAAUAAUUUGGCAACAGUUAUUGGAGGAAACCUUGAUAUCGAAGGUUCGUUUUAUGUCACCAGCACCAACGGUCUUGCUUCUGCUGUCGCGGCCGUAAGUGGAACCAUCCAUAAUACGGGAUUGAUUGCCUUCGAUGCUUUGGGCGCAAAUGUUGCUUCAACAUUUGACUUCGCUAGUAUUGGAGAAUUCGUCAACUCUGGAUCAAUGUUUUUCGGUUCUGCUUUUGGAUUAUUGUCUCCAGCUACACCAUUCACCGUUACAUCAGUUCUUGGUUGGGAAAACACAGGUUUGAUGUAUUUUAAGCAAGCUGCUGGUAAUCCAUCCUUGGUUGCACUUACUUCUGCCAUUAAUGACGGACUUCUUACCAUUACUAACGAGGGAACAAUCUGCUUGGAAAACACAUAUUACCUCCAAACAACCAGUGUUGUAGGUGGAGGAUGCUUUGUUGCUCGUAAUCGUGGAACUGUGCAGUUGGCCCUUAAUGUUGGGGAUCUCGUGUUUAAUUUCGAUGAAGCACAAUCAGUUUAUCUUGAAACUGCCUCUUCAACCUUGAAUGUUUUAGGAUUAUCUCUUUCACUUACUGGUAUUCCAGUCAUUAAGGUGUAUGGUUUCGGCAAUGGUAACAAGAUUAGUAUCAACUUGGUGUUCAUUGGAACCGGUUACAACCCAAACACCGGUAUCUUAACUUUGAGUCUUACUCCAUUGUUGCAAGUGAGAUUUGACAUUGGACCUGGCUACAAUCCAAGCAAUUUCAGGUACAACGGUAUUCUCGGACUUUCAACACAGAUAUGGACUACCCAAUCACCACCAGAUACUAAUUCCAUUCCAAGCGUCUGCUUGUGUGAGGACUUCCCUGUUCCACCGACAUCGACAUCAAGCAGCGCCUCGAGCAGCACUUCUGAGUCUAGCAGCACUUCUGAGUCUAGCAGCACUUCUGAGUCUAGCAGCACUUCUGAGUCUAGCAGCACUUCUGAGUCUAGCAGCACUUCUGAAUCUAGCAGCACUUCUGAAUCUAGCAGCACUUCUGAAUCUAGCAGCACUUCUGAAUCUAGCAGCACUUCUGAGUCGUCCAACACCUCUGAAUCCAGCAACACUGCUGAGUCGUCUAACACUUCUGAGUCGUCCAACACUUCUGAGUCGUCUAACACUUCUGAGUCGUCCAACACUUCUGAGUCGUCCAACACCUCUGAAUCCAGCAAUACUGCUGAGUCGUCUAACACUUCUGAGUCGUCCAACACUUCUGAGUCGUCCAACACCUCUGAAUCCAGCAAUACUGCUGAGUCGUCUAACACUUCUGAGUCGUCCAACACUUCUGAGUCGUCCAACACUUCUGAGUCGUCCAACACUUCUGAGUCGUCCAACACUUCUGAGUCGUCCAACACCUCUGAAUCCAGCAACACUGCUGAGUCGUCUAACACUUCUGAGUCGUCCAACACCUCUGAGUCGUCCAACACCUCUGAAUCCAGCAAUACUGCUGAGUCGUCUAACACUUCUGAGUCGUCCAACACUUCUGAGUCGUCCAACACUUCUGAGUCGUCCAACACUUCUGAGUCGUCCAACACUUCUGAGUCGUCCAACACCUCUGAAUCCAGCAACACUGCUGAGUCGUCUAACACUUCUGAGUCGUCCAACACCUCUGAAUCCAGCAAUACUGCUGAGUCGUCUAACACUUCUGAGUCGUCCAACACUUCUGAGUCGUCCAACACUUCUGAGUCGUCCAACACUUCUGAGUCGUCCAACACUUCUGAGUCGUCCAACACCUCUGAAUCCAGCAACACUGCUGAGUCGUCUAACACCUCUGAGUCUACCAACACUUCUAGCAACACCUCUGAGUCGUCCAACACUUCUGAGUCGAGCAACACUUCUGAGUCUACCAACACUCUGGCCACUUCCAGUGCUUCAGGAACUAGCAGUGCUUCAGAAUCUGGUAACACAUCAGAAGCUAGUAGCAGUGAGUCCAAUACUGGAUCUGGUAGCGUUCUGACUGGGGGUAGCUCUCAAACCGGAGGCAGUGAUACGAGCCUGACCACAACGGGUAGUUAUAUUACGACUGGAAGCAGCUCGGACACUUACACUGGAUGGAACAAUAGUACCUACACCGGUGGUAACACCAACACCAACACCGGAGGCAGCACCAACACCAACACUGGAGGCAGCACCAACACCAACACCGGAGGCAGCACUAACACCAACACUGGAGGCAGCACUAACACCAACACCGGAGGCAACACCAACACCAACACCGGAGGCAGCACCAACACCAACACUGGAGGCAGCACCAACACCAACACCGGAGGCAGCACUAACACCAACACUGGAGGCAGCACUAACACCAACACCGGAGGCAACACCAACACCAACACCGGAGGCAGCACCAACACCAACACUGGAGGCAGCACCAACACCAACACCGGAGGCAGCACCAACACCAACACCGGAGGCAGCACUAACACCAACACUGGAGGCAGCACUAACACCAACACCGGAGGCAACACCAACACCAACACCGGAGGCAACACCAACACCAACACCGGAGGCAACACCAACACCAACACUGGAGGCAACACUAACACCAACACCGGAGGCAGCACCAAUACCAACACUGGAGGUAGCACUAACACCAACACCGGAGGCCAACCAACUACAACCAGCUCAACAUCAACUAGUACUAAUGGUUCUGGCUCUGGUUCUGGCUCUGGUUCUGGCUCUGGCUCUGGCAAUGGUUCUGGAUCUGGCUCAGGCAAUGGUUCCGGUUCUGGAUCUGGAUCUGGUUCUGGCUCUGGUUCUGGCUCUGGCUCUGGCUCGGGCUCUGGAUCUGGUUCUGGCUCUGGCAAUGGCUCUGGCUCUGGCUCUGGCUCUGGAUCUGGCUCGGGCUCUGGAUCUGGCUCUGGCUCUGGCUCUGGCUCUGGAUCUGGAUCUGGCUCGGGCUCUGGAUCUGGCUCUGGCUCUGGAUCUGGCUCUGUCUCUGGCUCUGGCUCUGGAUCAGAAUCUUCUCCUUCCGUUAUUGCUACUGGACUGGCUACUGCUGUCAAGAUCUCAACUUCAGUUUUGCUUGCAACUAUGUUGACCUUGAUUAUGCUCUAA